AUGGAUCUAGGGCCGGACGUUGUACAUGAAUCCCUCUUUCGCCCAGCGAAAAAGCGCAAGUUCAUGCGCCGCCGUCCCGAUCAUGAAAUCCCAGAAGCAUCCGAUGCCGAUCUUGCCCCCAGUCCAGCAAACCAACCCAAUCGAAGUCCUGACAGGCAAUCACCGGCAGACGCCCACAGUACUACAAAGCCGGCCGCGAGCCGGCGCGCACGUGUCACCAGGAAAGGUGGGAUUGCGUUCUCUACCACAUCACGACUAAGAGAUGAACAAAAUCGACAACAGGCCCUUGGGCCCGUAUCUGGAGAUCCUGAUCAAGAGAAGGUCCAGGCUAUGAAUGAGCGCUUCACAGGAUAUACCGGCCAGACUGUGGAUGUUGACAGACACAUGAUGGCAUACAUAGAUUCCGAAAUGGCCAAGCGCUACCAGCCUGAGUCUCAGGCAGAGACCACAGAAGUCGAUCAAUCCCGCGACCAAACAGCCGGUGGGCUAUCAGUGCUCGGUCAAAAACAACGCGAGCCUGCAUCACUCGGCAAACUCCACGAAAUCGAUCUCGGCCAUGAAGCCAGAUUGCGCAACAUUGCGCGAACAGAAGCUGCGACUCGGAAACUUGCUGGAGAAGAAGAUGUCCUGGUACCGGGAGAUACAUCAGCACUGGGAACGAGUCGCUCUGGCCCUGAUGGAAAGCCUUGGCGGAAUCGCAAGCAGAGGACAGACGCAGACAUCGAAAGAGAUCGUCUUGUUGAGGAAAUUCUACGCGAAAGCAAAUUGGAUGUCUAUGAUGAUCCUGAAGACGAAACCCAAUUCGACGAUCAAGCAGCUGAUGAUCGAAUCGCUGAGCAAUUCCGACGUGACUUUAUGGAUGCAAUUCAGACCCGUCGCCGAACGGCAAAGCCAGCUCCCAAGGUUGCUGAGGGGCCUCGUGGGCCAAAGCUGGGAGGCAGUCGGAGUGCCAGGGCUGCUAUGCGAGAAACACAGACGAAGCCAGGACAAAAAUGA